ACCUCCUCCUCUUUUCUUCCGACUCUCAAUGUUCGGCAGCCGGCCGGAGCCUGCUUGUUUCCCCGGCUCUGCGUUCCCAGGAUCCCCCCUCCCGGACAGCACCACACAGAGCGGCGGUGGAGUGAGGAGAGCAGGGACCGGCGCGCCCGAGAGAUUGCAUCAAGAAGAUCCAAAGUCCAUCAAGAUGUCUAGUGAUAGACAGCGGUCAGAUGAUGAAAGUCCUAGUACCAGUAGUGGAAGUUCAGAUGCUGAUCAGCGAGACCCACCAGCACCAGAACCCGAAGAACAAGAAGAAAGAAAACCCUCAGCAGUCCAACAAAAGAAAAAUACCAAACUCUCCAGCAAAACCACUGCUAAGCUGUCCACUAGCGCUAAAAGGAUUCAGAAGGAGUUGGCUGAAAUAACCCUUGAUCCUCCUCCAAACUGCAGUGCUGGGCCAAAGGGCGACAAUAUUUAUGAAUGGAGAUCUACAAUUCUUGGACCUCCAGGAUCAGUAUAUGAAGGGGGCGUAUUUUUUUUGGAUAUCACAUUUUCAUCUGAUUAUCCAUUUAAGCCACCAAAGGUCACUUUUCGCACCAGAAUCUAUCACUGUAAUAUCAACAGCCAGGGAGUAAUCUGCUUGGAUAUUCUGAAAGAUAACUGGAGUCCGGCAUUGACUAUAUCAAAAGUUUUGCUAUCUAUUUGUUCCCUCUUGACAGACUGCAAUCCUGCUGAUCCACUGGUUGGAAGCAUAGCCACGCAGUACCUGACCAACAGAGCAGAGCAUGACAGGAUAGCAAGACAGUGGACCAAGAGAUAUGCUACAUAAACUGUACAGCGUAAAGCACAAGGCAUCUGUACAAUGUGCAACAAAUCUUUAUAGCCUUUACAAUACGGACUUCUGUGUAUAUGUUAUACUGAUUCUACUCUCCGCUUUUAUCCUAUGAAGACUGGUAUACUGCCCCGAAUGGUAAAUACUAU